AUGCCGCACCUCGCGGCUGCCAGCGCGCUCCUCUGUUUCACGGCGCAAGACUUCAACGCCACCACCGCCCCCCACGCCCGCCAACUUCAGAACAUGGCCCGGAUGGCGAGCAUGACGUCGACGACGCCCACCGGCGAGACGUACCACAUGCGCCCGACCACGCCGCCGAAGACCGGCCCGGCCGAGCCGGCGUCCACCUUUGACUCGCUCAACGUCGUGCUCAAGCACCACGUGCCCAUCGAGACGUGCUGCAGCGGCGCCUACGGCAGCGACAUCUGGGGCUACACGUCGGCGGCCACCGGCAAGGAGUGGGCGCUCAUGUGUUAUAGCACGGGCAUGAGCGCCGUCGACGUGCAGACGGGCGACGUGGUCACCGCCCCGGGCUUCACGUCGCCGUUAUCACCGUGGAAGGACAUCAAGGUCUUCGGCCAUCACGCGUACUAUGUCACCGAGGCGUUGGACCAGCCGGGCAUCGUCGUCUUCGACCUCUCGGGCCUGGACUCCGACCCACCGUCCAUCUCCGACGUCGGCCCCGCGGCCAUUGACAACGGCGGCGGGCCCGAAUCGAGCCACAACGUCGUGGUGGACGAGGUAAGUGGCUACCUGUAUCGCGUCGGCGGCUGGGACAAGAAGAAGAACGUGCGCAUGUAUGACCUGAACGCCAACCCUGCCGCGCCGGAGUACAUUGGCAAGUUCGGAAAAGGCUUCAUUCACGACGCACAGGUGAUCACGUUUGCGUCGGGGCCGUACGCCGGCAAGCAGGUCAUGUUCGCGUGCAAGGCGGUGACAGGGUCGCACGGGCUACAGAUCUGGGACCUGACCGACAAGAGCGCGAUAUCCUUGCUCGGCUUUGACACUUGGCCCGGCGCUUCCUACUCGCACAACGUGUGGGUCGACGUCGUCACGAUGCGCGCGUACGUGGGCGACGAGGGCAUCGUCUACAGCCAAGGGACUAACAGCACCCUGUUCGAGUUUGACGUCUCCGACCUGAGCAGCCCCUCGUACGUCACUUCGUUCACCAACGGUGUCGGCGCCAAUUCGCACAACCACAUCAUCCUCGGUGGCCGAUUAUACGCCGCCAACUACGCCUCGGGCAUGCGUGUCUUCGACCUCAGCUCGCGCUCGGAGGUGGGGUAUUUUGACACGUACCCUGACGGCAACGGCGCGACGUUUAACGGCGCGUGGGGGGCCUACGUCUUCCCCGCGAGCCGCCUUGUCGUCGUAUCCGACAUGAACCGUGGCCUAUUCAUCCUCGAGGAUGAGGGUAGCUUGGCGUGCAAGAAGAAUGGCAAGAGAUGCAUCGAGCUGCCCAAGGCGCAAUUCGAGUUUAACGAGCCGAUCGAGGUGGGCUGGAAGGGCGCGUCCAAGGACUCGUUCAAGGUGGCCAUCACCAAGGAGGACAAGCUGCCGGAAAAAAGGAAGGUGCGGCUCUUCUUGCACACCCCGGUAAAGUCCUCUCGGGGGAUCCAAUUCGACGGGGACGCCGCGGAGGGCGGCAAGAAGGAUUUCCCACUCGCGCUGGGCACAUACGAUGCACACCUGGCCAACAAGGGCAAGUCAAAGUCCGGCGGCCUCACGUUCACUAUCACCGGCGGCGCGCAGGGCGCUGAAACGGAGCCUGCGUUGGGCCGGAACCGAAAGCUCCUCUUCAAGUGA